GUCUGAGGGUAACUGUGUUGCUAACAUCAUCCCUCAUGGUACUGGGAGCUGGCCUGAGAUGUGUUCCAGUUUCAGACCUCGAAAUUAGGAAGAAGCUGAUUCACGGAGGGCAGCUGUUAAAUGGCUUGGCGGGGCCAACCGUCAUGAACGCGGCACCGUUCCUUUCCACGACGUGGUUUUCCCCGGACGAACGUGCCACAGCCACAGCCAUCGCCUCGCUGCUCAGCUACCUGGGCUCUGCGGGCGCCUUUCUGGUGGGACCUCUCAUAGUGCCGUCUCCUAAUGGAACAUCUCACCUCCUGCUGGCAUCACAGAGCAACACGGAGCACAUCAAGGACCGCAUUGAGGCUGUGCUGUAUGCAGAGUUUGGAAUGGUUUCCCUGAUAUUUUCAGCGGCAUUGGCCUACUUCCCCUCGCGCCCUCCAUUCCCUCCCAGCGUGGCUGCGGCGAGUCAACGGCUCAGCUACAGGAGAAGUUUUUGCAGGCUCUUAAGCAAUUUCCGAUUCCUGAUGAUUGCUUUAGCCUAUGCUAUACCACUGGGUGUUUUCGCUGGCUGGUCUGGUGUUCUGGAUUUGAUAUUAACGCCAAUUCAUGUAAGCCAAGUAGAUGCAGGCUGGAUUGGAUUUUGGUCUAUAGUUGGAGGCUGUGUUGUUGGCAUAGCAAUGGCAAGAUUUGCAGAUUUUAUCAGGGGCAUGCUGAAGUUUAUACUGCUGCUGCUUUUCUCUGGAGCAACAUUAGCAUCAACCUGGUUCACUCUCACCUGUCUAACUAGUGUCACUCAUCUGCCUUUAACCACAGCUACACUGUACACAUCCUGCAUUUUAUUGGGUAUAUUCCUCAACAGCAGCGUACCAAUAUUCUUUGAGCUCUUUGUGGAGACAGUCUACCCCGUUCCAGAAGGAAUUACCUGCGGAGUUGUCACCUUUUUGAGUAAUGUGUUUAUGGGAGUGCUUUUGUUUUUCCUCACAUUUUACCAUACAGAGGUUUCCUGGUUCAACUGGUGCCUGCCAGGAUCAUGUCUGCUCAGCCUGCUCCUCAUCCUCUGCUUCCGCGAGUCCUACGACAGACUCUAUCUCGACGUUGUCGUCUCCGUGUGA